AUGGCGAAGGACGACCUUCCGGUCGAUAGUUGGACGGAGCAUGUGCCGGAGGCCAGUACGAGUAAGACGGAUCAGCACAUCGAGGGGAAUGCGCUGCUCGUGGACAAGCAUGGAAAAGUGCGUCGACUCCCGGUGCCAUCAAGCGACCCGAACGACCCCUUGAACUGGAAGCGGUGGGAAAAGUAUGCGGUCAUCUUCUGCUGCUGCUGGUUCUCUGUCAUGAGUCUCGCACUCGCAGGUGGACUCGGUGCAAUUCUGGACGUAUUCUUCGCCCUAUACGGGCCACAGGGCUAUGAUGCCAGCGACAUUACCCUACUGUUGACACUGCCAUCGCUUUGCAUCGGACUAGGAAACUACAUCAUCCUGCCCUUAUCCCUAGCCUUUGGACGACGGCCCAUCUUUCUUGUCUCGACCGUGAUCCUGCUGGGAGCGACGAUUGGCGCGGCUGCACAAGAUAGCUACAAUGGACAUCUGACAGCUAGAGUGAUUCAAGGCCUUGCGACUGGAGCCUCCGAGUCUCUUCUGCCCCUGAUGCUGACCGAGGUCACCUUCCUCCACGAGCGCGGGCAGGUGUUUGGCCUCUACUGGAUGACACAGAGCAUAUUCAGUAGUCUGCUCAACCUGGCCAGUAGUUAUGAAGCCGCAGCGCUCGGCUGGCGCUGGUAUUACUGGAUCUUUGCGAUAACAGUGGCAGCCGGGCUCGUUUUCGCGGUCUUCGGCGCCUUUGAGACAAAGUUCAGUCGGCCAGCCACCAGCCUCGACGGAUGUGUGUGCUACACCGAUGAGUUCGGUGUCGCGCAUGUUAUUCCCGACAACGAGGCUCAAGAGUUCUUGGAUCGCAUGGGGAUCCAACUGCCAGACGACAACGCCGCUGAGACUCCACGAGUCAGGACCGCAUACGGGCAGAAACUGAAGCCAUGGUCGAAACCACAUCCCCAGCCAGCCCGCAUGGUUGUCAUGUCGUGGGUGAGAAUGGCGUCGAGUCUCACCUCACCGGCCAUUCUAUAUGCCGUCCUGAUUAGCUCCAUAGCCCUUGCCUGCUCUAUAGACAUUUCCUUGACCUACAACACGGUGCUGCUGGGCUACGGGUGGCAACCGAAGGAUAUUGGACUCAUCAACCUAGGUGCCGUCGUGGGGGCACUCAUUGGGACUGCGUACUGCUCGACAUUUGGGGAGUGGCUGGUGAUCCGAAUGGCGAAGAGAAACCGCGGCGUUCAUAAGCCAGAGCAUCGUCUGUUGGUCUUGGUGAUCCCUGGCAUCCUGGGCAUAGCCAUGCUAGUCAUGUAUGGCUACACCGCUGUGGGUGCGAAGAGCUACUGGGGCGCCGUGCUAGGCUGGACAUUCUUCCAGACCACCUUUGUCUGUGUCUUGAUCGUGUCGACUACCUUUGCUGCCGAGGCAUACCCCAAGCACCCGGGGCCCGCGUUGGUGGUGGUUGUUGGCACCAAGAACGUGGUCUCUUUUGGAGCCACUUUCGGGUUUACUCCUCUCAUGGCUUCUCUGGGUAGCAUGAACGGGGCGUUCAAUGUGCUAGCUGGCAUCUUUGGUGCGAUUUUCGUUCUGGGGCUGCCGGUAUACGUCUUCAACCCCAGGUGGAGAGAGAAAAUAUCACAAAUGGAGCAUAAACGGGGAGUCGAAGGAAGUGAUUAG